UUCUUUUCACUAUUCAGUAUUGAAAUUGUAAAAACAGACUAAAUUUCAUUAUGGCUUGGCAGUGUGUUGUGUUCUUCUUAAUCAGUAUUGUUGACUGGUUCUUUCUUUAUUCUGUACCCACAUUUCUCUCACCCCUUUUUCAGGGUCCACCUGGACGAGCAGGCUUUCCGGGAGACAAAGGAUCAAUGGGCAUUCCUGGAAGAAUGGGCUUAAAGGGAAACCUGGGGGAGAAGGGAGCGCCAGGAGAGCCAGGUCUGUCUAUCAUUGGCCCACGAGGACCUCCUGGACAACCCGGUACUAGAGGAUUUCCAGGCUUUCCGGGCCCCAUUGGCUUGGACGGGAAACCUGGACAGAAUGGUCCAAAAGGUGAUAUGGGUCCUCGUGGUCCUAAAGGAGUACCAGGUGAACCUGGUCCAAAAGGAGAGAAGGGUGUAUGUGGCGACUACACUCACAGGCAGAUGUUGCCCAUCACCGUCCGCAACAUGCCCUCAAUAAGCCCUCUAAUCCUAAAGCGCCUCAAGCAGGGCGAGCCCGGAGCGCAAGGACCACCGGGACCUCCUGGCCCCCCAGGGCCUCCAGGGACUCCUGGACUAACUGGUGCUAGCGGGCCCCCGGGUAAACCCGGAGAACCUGGAAAACCUGGAAAAGACCCAAGAAUGCUACCAGGGCUGAAGGGCGAACCCGGUGUACCUGGACAGAAGGGCGAUCGUGGUGAAGCUGGCCCGAGCGGUCCUGAAGGCCCAGAGGGAAUUAAAGGAGAUGAAGGAAUGAAGGGUGAACCAGGGAUGGAUGGGCAAAGAGGAGAGAAGGGGGAGAAGGGAGAGCCUGGUUUCCCAGGUGUCCCUGGACGAAAGGGACAGGCAGGUGUUUCUGGUAUCCCUGGAAAACGGGGCUACAAGGGAGAAAAAGGCGAGCCUAGUGCUGAAGGAGCUGGCAUCAAAGGAGAACCAGGUGCCCCGGGACAGCCUGGACAAGCUGGACCCAAGGGUGACAAAGGUGAUCAAGGCAUAAAGGGUGACCCUGGCCACGAAGGCCCACCUGGACCAAGAGGUUUACCAGGUCCAACUGGAGAGCCAGGAAAAUCUUUAAUCAACAACAAUGAAAAUGAUAUACGCAAUCUGCAUUUAAUGGGCCCUCCUGGUCUGCCUGGGCCUCCAGGGCUUCCUGGGACCCCCGGUUUGAAGGGUGAUGUUGGACUUCCAGGUCCCCCUGGUCUUGAUGGGGAAAAGGGUCCAAGAGGAAAGUCAGGAGAACAGGGACCCAUCGGCCCUCCUGGACCAGAGGGUCCACGGGGAGAAGGAGGAGUCAUAGGUUUGCCUGGGCCAAAAGGAGAUAAGGGAGACAUGGGCCCCUCGGGAUCACCUGGUUUAGAUGGCCCUACUGGAGAAAAGGGGGUUUCAGGCCCCCCUGGCCAUAUUGGAUUGCCAGGCCUAAUGGGUCAGAAAGGUGAACCUGGGGAGAAAGGAGAUAAAGCAGAACUGGUCUAUGGGCCUGCUGGACCUCCAGGACCUGCAGGGCCAGUUGGGCCAUUGGGACCUCCAGGUUUGUCAGGACCAAAGGGAGAGCCAGGAAUAGGCCUGAGAGGAGAGAAGGGAUCACCUGGACAGAAAGGAGAGAAAGGAGACAGGGGGCAUCUUGGACUCCCUGGGGCUCAUGGUUUAGACGGCAGGCCUGGUCCAGUGGGUCUGAUAGGACCAGCUGGAGUGCCUGGGCCUGCAGGACCAAAAGGAGAAAUGGGGGAAAAGGGUGAUAUGGGAGUAGCUGGACCAAUUGGGCCUCAAGGCAUCCCUGGUUUAGUAGGACCACCAGGAUUAAAAGGAAACCGGGGUUUCCGAGGCUUUAAAGGAGAGAAAGGUGAACCAGGGCUGCCAGGCCUGGACGGGCUAGAUGCCCCGUGUCCCGUGGGCGAUGAUGGUUUGCCAGUACCAGGGUGUUGGAAUAAAGGUCAGAAUCCGUUCCAGCUCGCCAAGAAGUAACCCUGCAGUGAGAUCCAUAAGCUUCUGCUUCGAUUUCCUUCAUAAGCAACACAAAAACUUGAAGAGGUUUUGGGAGAGCUUUGAGUUUGGCCUGCUCUUUGGUGGCUCUUUGAAGGGUUUAGUUUCCUGUAAAAGUGUCCUGUAGUACUGAAGGGCUCCAGUGGGUGGCAGAUGCGAGACUGGACUACAGAAAACAUGCAAGAAGUAGCCUGUCGUUUCUCCAAGUUUUACACCUUUUUCUUUCUCUUUUAUAUUGUUCACUAUGUGAAAGAAACAUUUUAGCACAUUUCGUUCCUUGUUGAUGACGAUGUUAAUAAUGUUUGUGAUCAGAGGAUCCAGCGCAGCUCGUUGAACAUGCAGAUGUGGUCUUGAGUGUCCUUGUGUUUCCAGACAAACCAAAGAAAGACAAAAUCUUUGAUGAUUCCUGAUUCAAACUAUCACUGCCGUCUGUCGAGAGUUGCAAGUAGAAUGUGACCUCACACUUCACUCAUAGUCGACUUUUAUUAGAAGUAGCUAUGUAUGUAACGUGCUUUGCAUUAUGCAUUACAUGUAUUACAGUACAUUCAUAUAACAUGGUGUUGUAGUCUGCCUUUAAAAAGUGAGAAUAGAGUAAGUCGUACAGCUGAAGACAAAGUAAACAUGAAAGACUAUAACCGAAACUAAUUCGAAACGCUCAAUGUACAAACUAAAUGUUACUUCACAAAAACAGUAUUCGAAAAUUGCAUCAUGGGCAUUUGAUGGAGUUGCAACAUUUCACUGCUGUAAACAUAGAUGUCAAUGCUGACUCCAUCUGUAUAUUUGCCAACUCUUUGAAAUGCAAAUAACUGCAUGCAGUUUGUUUGAGUAAAUCUAUUCUUACAGGAUGCCUGUACUUUUCAAAAUGUAUUGGGGCAGCUAAAGCAACAAAUUUCAUCCAGCAGUGACGCAUUGGCCAUUUAAUUUAUCAUUGGUUCAGCACAUGUUUAAUUCAGAUAAACUAUUUGUUUAUAUGAAGUUUUUAUGCCUACAACUGAGUAGAGUUAAUUUUUUUUUUUUUUUACAUGAAAGCUAAUUUUGGUUGUUAUUAUUACCAGAAUCACAGAAUAUACAAUACUGCUAUGGGAUGACAACACCACAUCAACCAUAACAUGGUUUGUGAGGGGAAAUCAUCUUUAAUUGCUUUUAAAAUUGUAACCUGGAUUUAAAAAAAAAACAAACAAAUGAAAUUUGAUGUGGUGUCAUAUGUACCAGCAGCUAUGAUUUUUUAACCUAAUGCAAGCAUUCCUUAUAUUAUACUUUUACUGUUUCAGAAAUAUUGGUUGUAUAUAAACCCACUGUAAAUGUUGAGUUCAAUCAAAUCUUCCAUUAUGUCGAUUUUAAUAGAUUAAGGUGUUAUCCAGAUUAUUUUAAUUCAAUACAUUUGCAUUCAACUCAUUAAAGCCUGAGUAUAGGUAAUUGUUUUCUUGGUAAUCUGAAAUAAAUACAAAAAAAAAAAAAGAAAGAUAAUGUUUAUUUGAAACUUUGAUUAUUGGAUUACAAAUGACUGAAAAUCUACUUUUAUUUGUUUUGAAGACUUUAAGUUGAAUGAUAUAUGUGUAAUAAAUCAGCGUUUCGUAGUGAAACACUUAAAAAUAAAGGUUCUUCAGUGGGUUAAUAGGGCACAUUUUCACUGUUUAGAGGUCUUGGCUAUAUGAUAUUCUGGAGAUUUAGAAAGAUCUUGAUUGAUUUCUAGGAUCUUUAAAUCACAAAUCAUCAGUGCAUGAAUAGUUUUUUAAAGAACUGGCAUUAGGCUGUGUAUCAUGCUGAUUUAUGGUGUCAGGCUGUAAAGCCCUUUAACUGUUACCUUUAUUUUUAAGUGUGUUUACAUCUGUACAUUUACAGACAUGCAUUAUUUUAUGUCAGCAGGUGGAGAAUAAUUAAUAUGUGCAACACAUUUCAGAUUAUAAUAACUGACAAAAAGAAGAGAAAUACUUUUUAUUUGUUAUAUUCUCAAAUUUGUUAAAUGUAUUACUCAUUCUGGACCCACUCACAUAAUGCUCGAUUUACAUUGCUCAAAAAACAGGAUGAAUCUGAUCUAAUGUAGUCUGUAUUAUAUUAGCAUUGGGUGUUUUUUUAUUUUAUUUUUUACUUUAGAGCAUGUUGUAAAGUGUUUUUAGUUUUAUUGUACACGAGGCAUCAUUUCUUUUUUUCUCAGUAUAAUUUUGCACUUUGAAGUGUGUUUGACCUUUUCCAUGUUUUGAACAAGAAUAUAAUAUUUGUACUGUACAUCAUGCGUUUUCUACACAUUUCCCUUUUGACGAACAUUGUGAUCGUGUAUUGUCCUUUGUACAGUGUGCUCUUCAAAUAACAUGUCACUCCAAUAUAACAAUCCUAUAGAUUAAAUCUGCGACACAGCUUUUAAAAGAAUACAGUAGUUCACCCGAAAAAAAGAACAUUUCCAAGAUAUAGACUAGUUUGUUACUUCAUCAUAAUAACAGAUUUGGAGGAAUGUAGCAUUGCAUGACUUUCUCACCAAUAGAUCCUCUGCAGUGAAUGGGUGCCGUCAGAAUGAGAGUCCAAACAGCUGAUUAAAAACAUCACAAUAAUCCACAAGUAGGCUACUCUAUUAGACUUCAGUCCAUCAAUUAACAUACUGUAAAGAGAAAAGCUGCAUGUUUGUAACAAAAAAAUACAUCAAGACAUGUUUUACUUGUUAGAAUAUGACUCCAUAAUAAUCCAUAAUUAUUGCUAUUGUGAUGUUUUAUCAUCUUUUUGGACUCUCAUUCUGAUGGCACCCAUUCACUGCAGAGGAUCCAUUGCUGGGCAAUUAAUGCUGCUUAAUUUCUUCAAAUCUGUUCAGAUGAAGAAACAAACCCAUCUACGUCUUGGAUGGCCUAAGAGUGAGUACAUUUUUAAAAAGCUUAGAUUUUUGGGUGAACUGCCCCUUUAAAUAUUCACCUCUCUGGAAAAUCUAUUGAUCCAGGGAUUUUUUUUUUUC